CGCGGGCUCGCGCACGGCCGGGCGUACGCGAGGCGCGCGGGCGCUGCGUCUGGCGGCGGUCGGGGGGGUCUCCGCUCGCGGUGGUCGCGCGCUGGGCGGCGUUUUCCCGUUCGAUCCGGUGCACGGCCGCAGGGUUCGCCUUCGGCCUGACCCGCCCGGACCAUGGCUUCGGCUUUGGAGGAGCUGCAGAAAGACCUAGAAGAAGUAAAGUCAUUACUGGAAAAAUCCACUAGGAAAAGAGUACGUGAUGCCCUUACAACUGAAAAAUCUAAGAUUGAGACAGAAAUAAAGAACAAGAUGCAACAGAAGUCACCGAAGAAACCACAAGUCGACAAUGAAAAGCCAGCUGCUGUGGUUGCACCCAUUACGACUGGAUAUACGGUGAAAAUCAGUAAUUACGGAUGGGAUCAGUCAGAUAAGUUUGUGAAAAUUUACAUCACCUUAACUGGAGUUCAUCAGGUUCCCACUGAGAAUGUGCAGGUGCAUUUCACAGAUAGGGCCUUUGAUCUUUUGGUAAAGAAUCUAAACGGGAAGAGUUACUCCAUGAUUGUGAACAACCUCUUGAAGCCCAUCUCUGUAGAAGGCAGUUCAAGAAAAGUCAAAACGGAUACAGUUCUUAUUUUAUGCAAAAAGAAAGCAGAAAAUGUACGAUGGGAUUACUUGACUCAAGUUGAAAAGGAGUGCAAAGAGAAGGAAAAGCCUUCUUAUGACACUGAAGCAGAUCCUAGUGAGGGAUUAAUGAACGUGCUAAAGAAAAUUUAUGAAGAUGGAGAUGAUGAUAUGAAACGCACCAUUAAUAAAGCCUGGGUGGAAUCAAGAGAGAAGCAAGCCAAAGGAGACCCAGAAUUUUGAGACUUUUAAGUCCUUUUGGGACUGAUGUGGAAAUACUGGUGUUUCCAAUAAUGGAAUGUUGGCAUAUACAGAUUGGGCAGAUGGUAUUUACACAGCCUUCUAAGUAAAGGCAGUGAAUUCUCCAUUUCUUACUGGAGGAUUUAUUUAAAUAAAAUGUGCUUAUUAAACACUUCCUCCAAAGAUG